CCGAACGUGAAAAAUCGAGAUUUAAGAUGGUGGCGCCGAACUUCUGAUCAAAUCAGAACGAAAGAACUUUAAAAGUAAAAAACAAGAUACAAAAAAGGACAUUCUGAUUCUAAAUUCAUCCAAAGCCCUGCUCCAAUCACCAACCCGGAACAAUACACCCGUACAGUGGAGGAAUUAACUGAAGUCGAGGCUUUUAUCAACCAUUACUACAACUGGCAGAUCACCAUGGACACGGACCAGACCAACCCCAACAAACGCAAAAAAACGGACUCUUCAACAGACACCGACCUUCAAACCACCGAAAAAGAGGCUCCAUCAUCCUUCUCACCUAAAAAGACUGGCUCUACAUACAGGUUCAUGUGUCCUGGUCAGGGUGUGUUCCAGUGUGCUUCCACUGGGCUGGUGUUUACUAUGGAAAAGGAGGCGGAGCUUCAGUACAAGACUGUCAAAUGGGAUGAGGCUCUCCUCCAGUCAGCUGGCAAGGUGGCCGCAGGGCCGCUGUUUGACAUCCAGUGUCCUGAAGAAGCUGUGUGUCAGGUCCGCCUCCCACACGGCGAAUCAAAGGAAGGACUGCUUGUUGAUGGAGGCUUGUCUGUUGUCAACAUCACUGAUGAUGGGAUGAGCUUCUUGGAGCCGUUGGAGAUCACAGACACUCAUGUGGUUGUGAAAGUCUCUCACCCAUCCGCCUUUGGCCUGGUCUGGGAUUUUUUUAAAAGGUUUCUGGGAAAUUCCCUGCCAAUAAACGGAGCAGUCCUGCUGUUCGUCCGACCUCUCACCAUCAGGAAAAAAGUGCUCUAUGUGUUUCUGGAGCCAGAAAACGUCGAUAAUGACAAGCUCACUUAUCAGCAGGAUGGAGCAGCUAAAGUCAAGGCCUCUUCUAAAUGUCUUCUCAGCUUUGGUCAGAAUUACAGCGUCCACUGUGAAGCGGAGGACUUCCAAAUUCAGCCAGAGCAUGAACAAUUCCACAUAAGCUAUGGACCAAAUUAUUUCCCAUCAUUUGAAGUUUUCCUCCCAACAAACCAAGAGGAAGUGACACUGACAGUCCAGGACCAAGACAGGAGAGAAGUCUGGAGAUGUGAUGUGUUUCUUGAAGGUUCAAGAAGAGAAACUCUGCCGAAUAUUGUUCCAGCAGAGGACAGGCUUCCUAUAGGGGACCAGGCUCCAGCAGAGGACAGAGUCCCUAUAGGGGACAGAGUCUCUGCAGAAGAGAGGCUUUUUUCAGCUAGGACAGAGUUCAUCAAAAGAGUGUCAGAUCCUGUUCUGGACCAUCUCAUAGACGGACUCCUGCAGGACGGUGUUAUAAAUGAUGAACAGAGGCAGUCCUUCCGCACCAAAGCCAGAGCAGACAAAGCUGCGGAUGUGAUUGAUUCAGUGCGAGGAAAGGGGGCUGAAGCCCUGAUCGCCUCUCUUUCUGAGGCGGAUCCAUGGCUUUGCAGAGCGCUGAACUUAAAAUAAAAACAAAGAAAGAUUUGAGGGGUGUGAUGAUGUAAACAGCUGGCUGCUUUACAAUGAACCCUUUCAGUGUUGGAACCUUGAAAUGAGAUGGAUAAUAUGAGGAUGAAAUACUCCCUCCACUGCAGGGUGCUGAAUUAUUUGGCUAAGGGGCAACAUAAAGAUAAAGAAUUCACUUGGGCCUAAAACUAAACUUUGUGGUAAACCACAGGUAAUAGUAGAGGUAAAGGAGUGAUGACCUGUGGUGACCACAAAAGUUCACUCUAAAAGAUGAGAAUAAAACCAGAUAAGUGUAGUGUCCCUGAUGCUCACCCAGUUUCUAAGAGGUUCAACUAAAACAGCAGGAACAACAGUAUCAAAGCAAGCAGCAACCUCCAGUCCUAAAACAUGAAGCCAAUGCAGAAGUGCAAAAAAUUGCUAUACCGCGAGUGUCCACUAGAGGCUGGCUGCUGGAACACCGGAAGUUCCAUCUCCACACAUG